AUGAAAAUCUCAGUUUACAGGCUGUCGAAACAAAAGAACGUUUGAACAAAAAAUCUUGGACGUAAACUAAAGUCGGCACUCAAGGAACAGCUGAGGAUAAUUCAUGAGAAGAUUGAAGCAAAAAAGAUUGCUAAGAUGGCACUGGCUGAAGUGCGCACUAUACUGGCCCAAGAGGAAGAGGAAAGGCAGGCAGUUCGAGCCUUGGAGCUGAAGAGACAGGAAGCUGCUCAGAGAGAGAAGGAAGAGGCAGAAGCCAAGCUUCAAGAGGAAAAGGAGAGAAAGGAAAAAGAGGAACGAGAGAAGGAAGCAAAGAGAGUGGAAGAGAUCAGAAUAAAAGAGAAAGCAGAGAAGGAAAAAGUAGAAAGGAGUAGGGUAGCCAAGGAAGAAGCAGAAAGAGAGAGGGCAGAAAAAGAAAGACAAGAAAAAGAGAAGGCUGAGAAGGAAAAGUUGGAAAGGGAAAGGCUUGCCAAGGAGAAGGCAGAUAAAGAGAGAGCAGAGAAUGAAAGGUUAGCAAAAGAAAAGGCUGAGAAUGAGAGGUUAGCAAAACAAAAAGAGGAAAAGGAAAGAGCGGAGAACGAAAGAGUAGCUAAAGAGAGAGCAGAGAAAGAAAACCUAGCUAAGGAGCAAGCAGAGAAAGAGAGACUGGCUAAAGAAAAAGCAGAGAAAGAGAGGCUAGCAAAGGAGAGAGCUGAAAAAGAACAGCUAGCCAAAGAGCAAGCAGACAAAGAGAGAAUAGCCAAAGAGAAAGCUGAGAAAGAAAGGCUAUCUAAAGAAAAAGCAGAGAAAGAGAGACUAACAAAAGACCAGGCAGAGAAAGAACGACUUGCUAAGGAGAAGGCAGAGAAAGAGAGACUAGCUAAGGAGCAAGCAGAGAAAGAACGACUUGCUAAGGAGAAGGCAGAGAAAGAGAGGCUAGCCAAAGAGAGAGUAGAGAAAGAGCGACUUGCAAAGGAGCAGGCAGAGAAAGAGAAGCUAGCUAAGGAGAAAGCUGAAAAGGAACGGCUAGCUAAAGAGCAGACAGAGAAAGAACGACUUGCUAAGGAGAAAGCAGAGAAAGAGAGACUAGCUAAGGAGCAAGCAGAGAAAGAACGACUUGCUAAGGAGAAGGCAGAGAAAGAGAGGCUAGCCAAAGAGAGAGUAGAGAAAGAGCGACUUGCAAAGGAGCAGGCAGAGAAAGAGAAGCUAGCUAAGGAGAAAGCUGAAAAGGAACGGCUAGCUAAAGAGCAGGCAGAGAAAGAACGCCUUGCUAAGGAGAAGGCAGAGAAAGAGAGGCUAGCCAAAGAGAGAGUAGAGAAAGAACGACUUGCAAAGGAGCAGGCAGAGAAAGAGAAGCUAGCUAAGGAGAAAGCUGAAAAGGAACGGCUAGCCAAAGAGCAAGCAGAGAAAGAAAGGCUAGUCAAAGAGAAAGCUGAGAAAGAGAGACUGGCUAAAGAGCAGGCAGAGAAAGAACGCCUUGCUAAGGAGAAGGCAGAGAAAGAAAGGCUAGCUAAGGAGCAAGCAGAGAAAGAACGCCUUGCUAAGGAGAAGGCAGAGAAAGAAAAACUGGCGAAAGAGCGAGCAGAGAAAGAAAGGCUAGUUAAGGAGAAGGCAGAGACGGAAAAACAAGCCAAGGAGCAGGCAGAGAAAGAGACACGUGAGAAAGACAAGGCAGACAAAGACAAGACAGAGAUGACUACAAAAGAAAAGAAGGAAAAAGAAAAGUCAGAAAAGGUUGACACAGAAAAGGAGAAAAAAGGCAAACUUGACAGAAAUAAGGAUAAGGAUAACGAAGGAGGUGGAAACAGGGAAAAAAGUGCAAAGGAAGAGAGGAUUUCUGUACGGGAUCUCCUCAAGUCAUCCAAGAAGUCUGGAAACAAAAAAUAGCCCUGCACCUGGGAGAACUGUGAAUCUAUCAGUCUGAAAUAAAAGCAGACUUAAGUGAAAUUGAGCGUUGAAUUGGGCCAAGGGUCAUGCCUUCAAACCUGACAAUGGCAUAGUCAAAUGCUGUGAUUCAGAGAUCAGCGCUGACUCUUCAACUGUUCUUUUCUCAGAAGGAUUUUAUUUUGGUAGUACAGUGCCAAUGGGAAGUAAUCCUUUACCUUCUCUUUUCUGUCCUUCACUCUUCUUGUAAAAAAUCCCAUCUAUCUCUACACAUCUCAUUUUUCUCAUGUAACAUUCUAUCAUUUUUUUUCAACCCUAAGUGCGUACAAGAGGUUGGUACCAUGGACCCAUCAACCUUGAAUGACUAUCAAAAUGAUAAGAAUUUUGUUGCGAUAUUAACAUGAGCUUGACAUUGUGACCAUCCAUUUAUCUAUUGACGUGGUGGUGCAUUAGUCUGGCAGCUGUAUUUCAUCAAUUGUCUCAUUACUUACUGACAUAUUUGUGGAAUCAAAUGUAGUUUAAUUGACCAUAUGGGUUUGAAUGAAAAAGUAUUUUUGAAGAAGUUAGCAUGCCCAUUUGUUAAUGUUGGUGGCUAGCUACCUGGUUAACAGCUGUUAUCUAAUUUAAAUUGAAAUGUGAGCAUUUGCUCUUUUACAGCUCAAGUCAACUGAAUAUUAUUUUUCUCCAUUACCUGAGAUAUGUUAAUUAGGUUUAGUGGUUAGUGUGCAUCUGCUGUGUGUAUUGACUAGUAUUUUGCUAGUAAGGUCAUUUCUGCAGCAUUAUAUCUGCAUAAAAUAAGGUUAUUUGGAAUUGUAAGAGUGUUGUUGUCUCUGCAAACAGGUGAACCCUAUUUUUGUAGAAAAAACAAUUGAGUGUUUUUUCACUGCGAUAUUGUACAAUGUACAAGAAGUUAGACAGCUGUAAAAUAUUUGGUUAUGACUUAAAUAGGCAACAUAUGCCCAAAGAGAUCUGUCAACGUUUCAUUUUUUUUGUUCAUUUUUCCUUCCUUUUUGAUAAAUGAUAACUGAAUUUAUGUUGAGCUCUUCUGUGUAUCCAGAGCACUAUUCCCUCGCCAUAGGAAAUCCCUUUGUAAUUAAAGAAUAAUGACAUGAAAGAUGUCAAUCUAGUGAGAGUGUUGGUGUUGAUAUGAUGAUGUGUUAUGGUGAUUAAUGACUUAUCUCAGGGCAUCCUGUUGCAAAACAUUACAGACAAGAUUUCUUUUGCUUGCAAUGCAGAAGGGCAAAUAUCCUACUCAAGUUCCUCUGAUGCCACAUGAACAGACACUAUAAUGCAUUCAUAGAAACAACACCAUGUUUUUGAUGAAAUCAACUAAAUUGAUUCUUUAUUAAUGUGAAGGUACAUAAUAGCAGUUAUCAUAGUUAUUGCACCAUGUAAAAAUAACAUACAGGUUAUAGGUCUUUAUCCACAACUCAAAUCAGAUGAAUCAUUAUAGUACAUAACACCAGGCAUGUGGUAUAAACAGGAAAGGAAUCAUUGUUCUUAUACAACACCUUGUAUUCUCAGACUAUGGUGUAAAAUUAUGAAAAUGGAGGAAACAGUUAGCCUGACAUGGCCAAACUCAAUUCUAUUCAGUCUGGUACUGCACCAUUAGGAUGUGAUUAUGGGGCAUGUUUCAACCUUUGCACACAAGUGGAUCGACCAAACCGUUCAGAGUAACAAAAUAUGUAAAUCCUGUUUUUAGUAAUUGUGCUGUCAAUAUCUUAUGUAACAGAUGUGAUGGCGAAAUCUCUAGCUUCCCUAGCAACAGCCUUUUUGUUGUAAACAAAAUCAACCAAAGCAUGCUCAGGUGACUGAUAUGAAUGAAUAGGCACUGUUGUUCAUCUGUCAAUCAUCAUAUAAAGCCCACCCUCAGACGAUCUGAUUGGUGCUCACAGCUCUCAUACGGGGCAUGGAGCAAGUCCAGACCGAAUUUCCCAACCUCAAAUUUUGUGGUUGUUCGGUCUAGCUUCCAGGCUAAGGAACAGUUUGAGGUGACUAUAAACACAGACUUAUGACUUGAAUUGUAUGAAACAAUCAUUAUUUAUUUUCACUGAUUACCGGUUUGCAAAUGGAGACUACAGUAACCUUGCUGUCCCACUCAUUACAUGACAUAUGAUAAUAAAACAUUACUUAAAAUAUGAAAAUCCCUUGAAGUCCGCCGUUUUUGCAGAUUAUAUAAUACCUCAGAUUUCAGUUUUAAGAUGAUAAUAUACCUAAUUGAUUAUAAAGUGUAAUUAUUUUGAUAUGGUAUUGACAUUUAUACUUCAUGGUACCAAAUUGGCAGGUCUAUUUGAGAUUGCCUAACCGCUCAGGAAGGUAUGUACUGUACAGUCUGUAGUUGUUGCUAUUGGAGUCAAAGUUAGUAUAGAAAAGUCAUGUGCCAUUCAAAGUGAUGGUGCUUGCUCUUCAUCUCGAAAACAUUACUGUGAUAACAACAUUACAGAAAGUACACUGAUUAGUUUUUUAUUGAGAUUGAGAUCUAUUUUUUAAAUGAUCCAUUUGUGCUUCAGCAAUUUAUUUCCCCUUCAUUCUCUAUCCCCUUACAUGCCUUCAUGUUCACUCUCUGUCUCUGCCUCUUUCUCUCUGUAUGUGUCUUUGUAUCUGACAAUAAAGAAAUGUGUGUUGA